CGUGUUUUCUGCAGCAGUAUCGGUCGUGCAGUCAGAAGGUGCCUCCCGCCCGCGGUCUCGCCAAGGCGGCAUUUCCAGCAGUUUCACGCAGCCCUAAGGAAGUACCAAGUCAAGGUCAUAUCUGUUUGCCGAAAAAAGCAAUAUGGAUCUACUCGAAGUAUUGUCCGUAGACUUGGGACAAUUCUUUCCUUUGAGCCCUACCCGAGACCUUAUUUGCAAGUUGUUAAAGACUCAAGUCCUCUGGAUUAUGAUGAUCAAAACACAGCUCCAGCUCCUGUAGCUCCAUCACUUGCUGAUGUCCUAUGGGUGGCAAGUGAUGAGGGACAAGCAUUUGCUAGACUUAGGACUGAAUUAUGGAGAAAAGAAAAAAGUACAGCUUAUUGUGACCUACAUCCAUCUAUAGUUUCGAUACAAAGUGUUCCAAAAACCAGUAUGUACAAAGACAGUGGUGUUGAUCAAGCAGCACUCCAGAAAAUUUCUGCGCUUGAAGAUGAGCUAGCCUUUCUUCGUGCUCAGAUUGCGAUGGUUGUUUCAGCGCAGACGUUGGGAAGCAUUCCAUCACAAGUCUUUAAAACAUUCAGCACUCCAGAUGGAUUUUACCCAGUGCCAGCCAUGACUUCUACACCACUGUCCGUCUCUCACAAUCACUUUGUAAUUCCCUCGCCUCCUCCACUUCCUUCUGCUGUGCCAUCUGGUGUUGGUGCUAGUAAUUCUGCAGUCGAACUCAUAAAACAGCGGCGUGCUGCAAGAAACAGUGGCUCAACUGUGGCUGAGAGUGCUGAUCACCAAAGGACAAAGAGUGUUCCUAGUAUGAUGGAUGUUUUGAAAGACUUGGGCAAAGUGCAGCUGCGAGCUGUUGAGAGGUCACCUGGAGGUACUCCUCUUUCUAGACCCAAAAAGAGGAAGAGUUCAGAUUGGGAUCCAGUUGCUCUACUAACUCACGCACUAAAGCAGAAAUUUGCACAUAAAAAUGAAGAAGAGGAUGAUUCCCUGGACAAAGAAAAUCAAUCUUUUGAUAGCUCCCCGUUUUCUAGUCCAGAGAUGCCACUGGUUGGACGUUGCAAUCAGAAGUCAAAUGCAAAAUCGAGCCUUGUAAGAGCCGAUGAAGUUAAACAUCAACCAACGUGGAAAGUGAGAGCUCGUAUUUAA